AUGUGCGUCAGCCUUGGUGGCGACCUGCCGUCUGCGUCUUCCAAUGAGGCCCUUGCCGAGCGACUAGGCCGGAUCGAGGCCCUUCUCGAGGAGCAGAACCAGCGGCUGCGCGAGUUUGCAGGGGCUCCAGGGACUGUUUCUGGCGGCCAUGUCGCAUUGCCCUAUGGCACUAGUGUGCCGUACCUGAACUCGACCGAGGCGGCGUCGUAUGCACGUCAGGCCCAGGCCCAGGCCCAAGCCCAAGAGCCGGUGCCGGCCCACGACCAUGUGCAGUUCCUGAUUCCGAUCGACCACACGACGGCGCCCAACACGCUGCUGUCGCUGGCAGUGGUGCAGCAGGCGCUCAGCAACAUCGCCGACCGACGCGGCGAUACGAGCCAGGCCCGACUGCGGGGACGAGGCAGCCGAGGCAGUGGAAGCGGCAGCAGGAGCACCAGUGCACGUGGCCGAAGCACUGGACAUCGUGCUCCAGUUCCAGUGGCGACGCCCCUGGCUUCACCGCGCUUCGGCUUCCCGAGAACGUACUUUUAUGAGAUUGAAAGGGCUCAGCCACUGCCGACUGGCUUGGAUGUCAACUACUUUAUGAUGGUGCAUCCGGCGGCGCCGCUGUUCCGACGCAGCGAGUUUGGCGUCUGGGCCGCGCAGGCUGCCCAGGCCUUUGAACCAGACACAGGGGCAGCCGGUGGCGGGUCCAUCGAAAAGGCCAUCUGCCUCUGCGUCUGGGCGCUGGGAUGUCUGGCACCCAGGCAGGACAGCCGGGUGGCGGCAGCAGCAGCGGCAGCGGCAGAGACUGCUGUCUCCGCUCCUUCAACACCGGUCUCCGGCACCCGACAGACGGACCGGGACCGACUCGCGCAGGCACUCUUCCAGCCGGCUCUCGGCAUCAUCAUGCACCACGCCGUGUGGACGCUGGGGCCGCCAACGUCGCUCAAGACAUGUCAGGCCCUCCUGCUGGCAGCAGCAUACUUUUCACACAUGGGACGUCCGCUGCACAACGCGCGGCUGACUUAUCUGGCCAGCCGGUUCUUCCUGCACAUCUUCAACGGACGGCAGCGCGACGGGUCAGCACCAGAAUCGGACGAGAAGCUGAUUCGGGUGUUCUGGGUGUGUUUCAUGCUGGAGAGUGACCGGAUGGCGGAAUUUGUGCUGCUGCGCAGCGGAGUGGAGCCGCUGGCGGACGAGUUGCCGCUGCCCAACUACACGGACACGGGCGAGAGCGACGUGAUGAUCACGUUUGUGGCGGAGACGUCGGUGCGUCGGCUGCUGAACCGGAUCCACAGCCUGCUGUACUUUGCAGUCGAGGAGGAAGGCGAGACGGGCGGACAGGACGACGGCAGCAGCAGUGCGGCUGCCAGCGGACGAGCAGGAUGGAGCGGGCAGCACGAGCCGAGUCCGAUGGGCGGGCUUGACGACAUCAGCCAGCUCAACAAGAUCCUGCCCAUCAGCACGGAGCUGAACCGACAACUGGAGGCGUGGCACAACAGCAUUCCGGAGCAUCUGCGGCCGCCGCUGCAGGCGAAGUUGUUGGAGGACGACGACAGCGACGAUGAGGCGGACAAACCGGACGGUGGAGAUGACGAGGAGGAUGCCGAGGGCGAAGACGAUCCGGAACACCGCGACGGCUGCUGUCCGGCAACGAUGGCGGCCGAGAUGGCGCUGCAUGAGCGGGUGAGCGUCCUGCGAGCACGCUACUACGAGGCGCGGCAUCUCAUCCACCGGCCGUUUGUGCUGGGCGUUGCAGGCCACCAACAACAACAACAACAACAACAACAACAACAAAUCCCGCUGGCCGUGCUGGACAAGUGUGUCGUGUGCGUGGACUCGUGCGUGGCGUAUCUGCGCCAUGUGCUGCCGCUGUUGGGCCGUCGGUCGCCGUAUCUCUGGUCGCAGUGCCAGAGCUGUCUGGCCUGUCUGGUGGUGCUGGCCGUGGCUGACACGUGUCCGGAUAUUGUGGCGCGGGUGGCGGCAACGGAAGGGACGGCGACGAGGACGACGACCCGGCGGGACGACAUGGGCAGGCUGCGCAGCAGAGUGGCUGGGCGGCUGCGGCAGUGGGCGACGACGGGAUCGAGCCUCGAGGCAGAGCUCCGGAUAGUGGAGAGUCUACCGUGA